AAAGGAGCACACUUGAUUGUUGUUUGGAGACCUAGACUAAUGAUUAAACAAUCAGGUGUGGCUCCUGUUCGGUUGGAAUGAAAGCCUGCAGGUCCUUUGUGGAUAAAAUUGAAGACCCCUGCCGUAAAAUGACGCACAUGCGAGGUACAGAUCGGGUACAGUCGUAAAGCAUGAACGAAGUGUGCGCAAAUCGGGCAGGGAACGCGGAUUGGGAAAAUAACACGUUUAGGACGCAGUCAUGGCGGGUCGCGACAGGGUGACGCAUUUACUGAGGCAGCUUACCGUUCAAGCGUGCAGAUGUCCUGCUCACUCUUCCAUGCAUUCUGUCCACAUCUAUCAGUCAGGUACAGGUCAUGUCAGUGGGAGAAAUACUGACUAUGCUUUUGAGAUGGCUUGCUCUAAUGUCAGAUAUGGGAAGGGUGUGACCAGAGAGAUUGGCAUGGACUUGCAGAAUUUGGGUGCACGAAAUGUGUGUUUGAUGACGGACAGGAACUUGUCCAAGUUGCCUCCAGUGACAGCAGUGCUGGACUCGCUAGCCAGACAUGGUGUGAAGUAUGAAUGCUAUGACGGUGUGAGGGUGGAACCUACAGAUUAUAGUUUUAAAGCAGCAAUUGAUUUUGUGAAGAAAAGAAAUUUUGAUGCAUAUGUAGCUGUGGGCGGUGGCUCUGUGAUUGACACCUGUAAAGCUGCCAAUCUUUAUGCAUGUCACCCGGAGGCUGACUUUCUGGAUUUUGUCAAUGCACCAGUUGGGAAAGGAAAGCCAAUUAACCGAUCACUGAAGCCUCUUAUUGCAGGCCUAUUCUGUGUGUGUUUAGUACCCACUACAGCAGGUACAGGGAGUGAGACCACGGGUGUAGCAAUAUUUGAUUUUGAAGACCUGAAGGCCAAAACAGGCAUAGCAAGUCGGUCACUGAGGCCUACUUUGGCAAUGGUGGAUCCAUUACACACACUGCACAUGCCAGCCAGAGUGGCUGCCAACAGUGGCUUUGAUGUACUCUGCCAUGCUUUGGAAUCCUACACUGCUUUGCCAUAUAACAUGAGGAGUCCAUGUCCUACCAACCCCAUCACCCGUCCUGCUUAUCAGGGCAGCAACCCAAUCAGCGAUGUCUGGGCAAGACAUGCCCUCUGUAUAGUAGCGAAGUACUUAAAAAGAGCGGUGCAUAAUCCAGAUGAUGUACAGGCACGCUCCAGCAUGCACCUGGCAAGUGUGUUUGCUGGAAUCGGCUUUGGUAAUGCAGGAGUUCAUUUAUGUCAUGGAAUGUCAUAUCCUAUCUCUGGGAACAUCAAAACCCAUAAGGCUAAAGGAUACAGAGUGGAUCAUCCGUUAGUGCCUCAUGGCCUCUCUGUCGUUCUCACAUCUCCUGCUGUGUUUGCCUUCACUGCCUGCAUGUGCCCAGAGCGCCACCUAGAGGCAGCAGAGAUACUGGGUGCUGAUGUAAGGAAUGUGAAGACAGAAGAUGCUGGACGUGUGUUGGCAGACAUACUGAGGAACUUUCUGUAUGACUUGGAGGUGGAAGAUGGCUUGUCUGAAAUUGGCUACAGUAAAGAGGACAUUCCUGAAUUGGUGAAGGGAACUAUUCCUCAGGAGCGGGUGACAAAACUCUCACCAAGAUCUCACACUGAAGAGGAUCUCACUCGUUUGUUUGAAGCAUCCAUGACACUAUACUAAAUAGGCACGAUGAUUAGACAUCUGUUAUGUUUUAAUCCAAGAACAAACCAAAC